AUGAAAAAGAGUCGUCGGAAACGCUCCAAUCAUGCGGUUGGGGAGAAACAUUUGGUCUUUACUUCUGUCGGGGUGACCUCUCGCGACAAAUAUAGGUACACUCCAGAGGAAGUGGGUAAACAGGUUUCAGCGUCCCUCGUCCUAAAUCACCGUCCCUUCCUGCGACAGGGUCACAAUAUCUUUGGCCCGUUCCUCACUUUGGCGAAGGCACGAACGCACCGUCAUGGGAUAUAUGAGGCAGGAAUGCGCUCAAGAAAUCCUCGGAUUUUCAUCGCAUUCCAGGUCGGUCGACUUCACCUAGAGAUUCGGGCGCUGGUGCAGAAGCCUAAGAAGUUGGAGGAUGGAGGGGUACUUGCGGGGGAGGGGAAGAAGCCGAGGAGCGACAUUGAAAAAUUUGAGGCAAUCCGGCGAAAUGGUGGUGGUAGGAGUGGCCACGGAAAAGAAAGCUGA